AAUCUUAAUCUGUGUUUGAUUGUCUCAGCCUCUGCUGUUUUAAACUACAAAGUCUUGGUUUUUUCACCAUGACAACUACUCUCAAUGGCGACUCCAACACCAUUGACCCUCAGAGGACUUACCAAGUCGUUGUAGCUGCAACCAAACAAAUGGGUAUCGGCAAAGACGGCAAAUUGCCGUGGAACCUCCCUACCGAUCUCAAGUUCUUCAAGGACAUCACUCAAACAACAUCCGACCCCUCCAAGAAAAACGCUGUUGUGAUGGGUAGAAAGACUUGGGAAGCUAUCCCCGCUAAGCACCGCCCCCUUCCCGGUCGCCUCAACGUUGUUCUGACUCGUUCCGGUGGGUUUGAUAUAGCCAACACCGAGAAUGUUGUCACUUGCAGUAGUGUAGACUCUGCUCUUCAUCUCUUAGCUGCCCCGCCGUAUUGUUUGUCUAUUGAGAGGGUCUUUGUAAUAGGAGGUGGUGAUAUAUUGAGGGAGGCAUUGAACAGGCCUAGUUGCGAUGCGAUUCAUUUGACUGAGAUUGAUACAAGUAUUGAAUGUGAUACGUUUAUACCUGAGGUUGACGCUUGCGUUUAUCAGCCUUGGUGUUCUUCUCUUCCUAUAACUGAAAAUGGACUUAGGUUUUGCUUCACCAGUUUUGUCCGUGUGAAAAGUUCUGCUGAUGAUGAAUCCUCUAACGGGUCACAGUCUCCUCUUCAGUUUGAUGGGAAGAAGUUUUCUUUUCUUCCGAAGAUGGUUUUUGAUCAGCAUGAGGAGUUUCGGUAUUUGAAUAUGGUUGGUGAUAUUAUCUCACAUGGUAACGUGAAGAAUGAUAGGACAGGGACUGGUACGUUAUCUAAAUUUGGAACACAGAUGAAGUUCAAUUUGCGCAGAAGCUUUCCACUUCUGACAACAAAGAGAGUGUUUUGGAGAGGUGUUCUUGAGGAGCUUCUAUGGUUUAUAAGCGGCUCAACUAACGCAAAGGUCCUUCAAGAAAAAGGUAUCCAUAUAUGGGAUGGGAAUGCGUCAAGAGAGUAUCUUGAUGGUAUUGGUCUGACUGAGAGAGAGGAAGGCGACCUUGGACCUGUUUAUGGAUUUCAAUGGAGACACUUUGGUGCCAAGUACACAGAUAUGCAUGCUGAUUACACUGGCCAAGGCUUUGAUCAGCUCGCAGACGUAAUCGACAAGAUGAAGAACAAUCCUGAUGAUCGGCGUAUCAUAUUAUCUGCUUGGAACCCUUCUGAUCUCAAGCUGAUGGCGCUUCCUCCGUGCCACAUGUUUGCGCAGUUCUAUGUGGCGGAAGGGGAGCUCUCGUGCCAGAUGUAUCAGCGUUCGGCGGAUAUGGGCCUUGGUGUGCCGUUUAACAUCGCUUCCUACUCUCUUCUUACUUGCAUGCUCGCUCACGUGUGUGAACUUGUCCCUGGUGAUUUUGUCCAUGUCAUUGGGGAUGCUCACGUGUAUCGAACUCACGUGAGGCCUCUCCAAGAGCAGCUUCAGAACCCACCAAAACCUUUUCCUGUUUUGAAGAUAAACGCUGAGAAGAAAGACAUUGACUCUUUUGUGGCAGCUGACUUUGACCUCAUUGGAUAUGAACCUCACAAGAAAAUAGAGAUGAAAAUGGCGGUUUAGUUGGCCCCAUCUCUUAAGUGUGCUGAUGUAAAAUGUAAGAUUGAAUUGGGAUGAAUGACCCUUGUGUGGGUGAUAACUUUUUUCACUGAUAGUCUGAUACCAUGUGUGUGUUGGAAUCCUUUAGUUCCACACAAGGUUCUAAAGCGAUUUAGGGGGGGUUGCUCUUUUUCUUGAUGCGAGUUUCUUUUCUGUUCUGAACUACUUACUCUUGGUCUGAUCUUAACCAUUCUCAUCUUUUCAGUU